AGGAUCUCGUUCUCGAUCUGCUGCGCUGUGCGCUGCCCUUUUCUUCUUGUUCUUCGCUGUUCUUUUCCGGUUAGGUUAUAGCUGACUCCUCAUCAUGGCUGAUCAGACUGAGAAGGCAUUCCAGAAACAACCGGGUGUUUUCCUGGCCAGAAAGCCAGGACUGAAGAAGACAAAGGCUAGGAGAUCUCGCAGUGUCGGUCUUGGGUUUAAAACUCCCAGAGAGGCCAUCGAAGGCACCUACAUUGACAAGAAGUGUCCAUUCACCGGUAAUGUGUCCAUCCGAGGCCGCAUCCUCACUGGGGUUGUUCAGAAGAUGAAGAUGCAGAGGACCAUCGUCAUCAGAAGGGACUACCUGCACUACAUACGCAAAUACAAUCGGUUCGAGAAACGCCAUCGGAACAUGUCUGUUCACCUUUCACCAUGCUUCAGGGAUGUCAGUCUUGGUGACGUUGUGACCAUCGGCGAAUGUCGUCCGCUCAGCAAGACAGUCAGGUUCAACGUUCUCAAAGUGACCAAGGGAACAAGAGCCAAAAAGAGCUUCAAGAAGUUUUAAUUAGGACUUGUAAUAAAAUGUUUGUUUACAAA